AUGGCUCAAGAGGCUUUUGACGAACAAGACGAGCUGGCGGCACUUGAAGAAGAAUUGACAUAUUUUGAAGAAUCGGAUAUGGGUCUGUCAGACGAAAUUUAUAUUUCUUCACCAAGAACAUUCAAACCAAAAUCGCCAGAGGCCUACCAGAAUCUUCACGUCGAUUACAUGGGCCCAGAUGAUGCACUAUAUUCCAACGAAAUGCUUCAAUUUUUCAAUAAACCCACAUCCAUUGAAUGUAGACAAGCAGUCCAAACAUUCGAAAUUACAGGUAACUAUGAAAGAGACACCCAAGGCGCAAACUGGACCGAUAUUACACAUUUCCUUACCAAUCUUCCCAAUCUCUCAAUAUUGCACUGGAAAAUUCCUAUAGCUAUUCCCCCCGAGAUACUCUCCAAUCUCAGCAUAACGAAUCCAGAUGCCCGCAUCUAUUUACAUGACCUUCCCCCCACGAGAGAUCCCAACAAUCAUCGUUACGAAGACUCAGAGGAUCCCAUCGUCAUUGUAAAUCGUCUAAACGAAGAUACCGGUUCGAUCCUUGGGUCUCCAUUAUUAUAUUCCAUCAAUGCCGAUAUUGAAAUGUCCUACAUGUCAGAUCCAGCUUCGAUGCGAAUUCUUUUCGAAAUUCUGCGCUCCAAUCCGCCGAAUAUGCGGGAAUUGCAGUUGGGAUUCUCGCAACAUGGAUGCGAUGUUGGUAAUGUGGUUAGUGCAUUUCCUUUCCUUUCGAGCGAAUUCAAUACCGAUCAGGAAAAUAUGACAUCGACACAAUUUCCCCCGCUGGAAAAAUUGGUCGUCGAAGGAUAUGAUUUUGAAGAAUCGCCUGAUGGCGGAAUUGGAUGGUAUCUGGAUAUCGAAAGGCCCGAAAUCGAUUGGCGAACACUUCUCGAGUUUCCUUGGAAUAUACUCCCAAAAUGGUAUAUUAAUUGGUUGGGAGAGUCUCAUUUGAGAUCUGUAUGGGACGCUAUUCGUUAUAUACCUCCAGAGCGACUACCUUCUCCUGAUGGGGUGUCAAACUUGGCUGUGUGGUUAAAAGUUAUGGAUUGGUCUAAAUUGAAGACUUUGCAUAUGGAAAGGCCUAGUUCGGUCGCGAUUCAGGAAUUGGGGAUUUUGGUUGCAUUAACUGGAUUGAAAGAGCUGAGAAUCGACGGAAUGAGAUGUCUACGGCGAUCUGACAGAGAAUCAGAAUGGGAAAUAGUAGUGAAUUUUCUGGAGAAUAUAGCGAGUAACGGGACAAGUCUUACAUCUCUGUGGAUCCGUGAUAUUCCGUUCCCGAAAAUGAUGAGCGGCAAGAAUGUAACAACUGAAUAUAAAGCUACGGAGAAAUUGCUGGGUGCUUUAUUACGACAUACGAAUCUCACAAAGCUUCACUUGUACGAUGGGAUACAAUUUUCCUCUUCGGAGUCGUCUUCACAAUCGCCGAAGCAAAUUCCCAUCCUGGUUUCUGCACUUAAUUUGCCGUCGAUUGAAAAUCUCGCGAUUGACAUACAGUCACUCCCUGGUUCUAAUUUCUCAAGCUCCAAGAAUGGUAAUUUGACGACCGAUGAAAUUGAUCCGGAAAUUUCAGAUGAAGAGAUGUAUAAAGCUUUCACUCCUUUUGCUCAACAUCCUCGAUUUAAGAGCGUGGAAUUCCAUGUUCCAGCACCUGAAUGCUGGAGGGAUCAAAUGAAACUUGCUACAGGAUUAGGGAUACAGGACAGAAAUUACAGUAACCCAGGGAGGAAAGCGGAUGCGUUGGAAGUGGAAAGAUGUGAGAGGGAAGAAGAAGAGUUGGGAGAGAGGACGAGAAGAUUGCUCGGGUGGAUGAAUGGGGAAAGAGAAGGGAUCGGGGAAGAUGCGAUUAGAAGCUUGAGGGUUGUGGUGGGGGAGGAGGCGCGUGGAGUGAUGGAGGGGGUGGAGUGGGAGAUGCUGGGAACAUCGGCGGGUUUUGAAUUCAUGGGGAAGAUUGGGGUUUGGGAAUGCUGGAUCGAUGAGGGAGCAGCGGUGCCAAAGUGCAAGGGGGGAAGGAGAUGGCGGGACUAUGGAAUCUGGUGGUAG